UUUGGUAUAUCAUAUCCAAGUGGAAAUCUAGGGUAUUUAUAACAAUGUCAGAAGACGUAACUGGAUAAUAAUAGAAUAUCACAUACACACGCGUGCUCCCUACCUAUAAAUCCAACUGCUAUUUUUUAUUAUUAUUAUUCUUUCGGUUAUUAUGUCAUGGUUUGCGUCUGGUGGCAGAGAAAAACGUUACUAACAGUGAAAAAUGGAGGGAAACUAAGGCGAUACAUAAUUAACGGUCUCGAGCCAGUGUCCGUCAUAGACCACGCUACCAUCAUACCGGGAAAUUGUAGUUGUUUAUUGGAUAAAGUACAGAGUUACAUUGCCAUUAUCAUUACCGUUGUUAUUAUUAUACUUGUUAUUUUUAUUAUUAUUAUUAUUAUUUAUUAGAAUAUUAUCGUUGUGGUCGGUGUUCUUACUAUCAUUGUCAGUCUCCUCGGCCAGUUCGUUCAACGACUAGAAAAUUCGAACAGUGGGCCGUUAGCUGUUUACUAUAAACUGAACUUCUAGAGAUACACUGAAAUAUUAAAAUACCAAGGAAUUUUGAAAAAAAAAACAUUGAUCGGUCUACUCGCAAGACAUGAACUCCGCACUACUAAGCCGGGCGUUCAGAAUAUUAAUUUUUGCGUCAUGGGCCCAGAGAGUUGUCUGGUGUCAAUAUUACGGUGAGCAGAUAGGGGAUGGCCGUGGUCAUAACGAAGAACAUCACGAAGAUCAUCACGUGAAGCCGUUGUACAAGUAUGGGUAUUGGGUGCACGAUCCCAAAACCAAGGAUGUCAAGAGCCACUGGGAACACCGGGACGGAGACACGGUGCACGGUUCGUACUCGUUUCUUCAACCGGACGGACACAUGAGAGUGGUCGAGUACACGGCCGACAAACAUAACGGAUUCAACGCUCACGUCAAGUACAUGUACGAGGGGCACGGAGAGGGAAGCGACGGAGGAGGCGGAGAUGGCGGUGGAUUCGGGGGUAUUGGCGGCGGCGGUGGCGGAUUCGGAGGCGGCGGUGGUGGAUUCGGAGGAGGCGGCGGCGGCGGCGGUGGAUUCGGCGGCUUCGAUCACCAUUUAGAGGACGCGUCGGGAAAACAGUCGGCACACAUCGGCGGGGGUAAAGGCGCCGGGCCGAGCAGCCGACCGAAGCAGCCGUUGCACAAGUUCUACAAGAAACCGCGGACGGAAAAACAGGGCGGCCAACCGGGCCAGUACAAGAAGCCACAUCAGUUCGACGGCCGUCCGAAACCUAUCGGCGGCUACAAGAAACAGCGGCUGUCGCCGGGAGCGGAACAGUCGGCCGAACACCACAUCGGAGGCAGGCCCAACGGCCAUUUCGAUCAGUUGCCCAAGUUCGGAGCGGCGCCCGGACACCAUCACGGUCACGCCAAUCCGCCGGGCGGCAGCAGCGUCGGUAACCCCGACCGUUAUCUCGCGAAUCAACAGCUGCUGGUCCCGGGCGGCGGAAGUCCCGAACGUUAUCAGUCGAACCACUUGGGCGGCGGCACCGGUCCGUUCGUGUACUUGGCCGAAGACCAGGGCGCCGAACAACCGGCCGCCGACCACUUUUCCCGGAAGUACGCGUCGCCGGCUGUGGCGUCCGACAAGUCCGCCUACCUGACCGGCAUCCAACACCUUUCGUCCGAACACGACGUGGUGGUGCACCGCCGUCAACCGGACGUAGCGCCCGCCGCGUCGACGGAACACCAGCACCACAGGAGUUCGUCCGAGGAACGGCAGCAACAGGUGCCGGGUUCGGAGCUGGAGCCUCCCCGACCGGAGCAGGAAGACGGAUUUUCCGGGAGGUCUCGUGACGACGCGAGCGCGCCGGCGCAGUACGACGACAACGACGACGACCGUUCUCGGGAACGGGACGACGGAGGAGACUACCGGGAAGAUCACGCGGCCGACUCCGCCGACGAAACGCCGGCAACGACAAUGGUACAAAAUAAGCAACCGUUACGGGAAUACCGUUUCGAGGAGCCGCCCUAUCCGUUCGAAAUCCCCGAAAACGUGCGAAUCUCCAGCAAAUACCACAAGAGACACUCGUCACAGCCGUCUCCCGCGGCAGUUGACUGGCACCAGCCGUACCAGUCUGCGUCGUCGUACUUUCCCAGCUGGUACCGGGGCAGCGGCAACCUGCAGAAACACUACCAUUAAGGGGGAGUUACUGGUUUUUUGGCCGAGUUCUGUUAACCCCAAAACGACUAUUUACCAGCAGUAUUAGUAUUAUAGGUACAUUAUAAUAUCAUAGUUGCGAUUUGUUGUUAUUUUUAUUAUUGUUAAAUCGUUUUAGUUUACACUGUAUAAUUCAAUACGUCCAUAUUGGCAACUCCGUAAGUAUAUAAAGUAUAAUAAUUGCUUUUAUAACUUUUUGUCGUACAUGUAUUUAGUUACGGUCUAAUACGACAAUGUAUAUCGUCUUCGUCAUUGGCGUUUAACUAUAGAUCAGGAUAAACCUGCACAGUUACCAUAUUUAUAUCGUAGUAAAUAUUAUUAUUUGAAGUUUUCCCUAUUAAAACUCUACUGCUGCGACAACAAUAAAGCCAGUCAUUAUCCUGCACCACCAUCAUUAACCGAUGACGUACCUAUCAAAGUUGUAGAAAUACAAUGACAACAGUUGAAGAUCGCGUUACUAUCAUAUAUCGGUACUACAGCAAUCGUGGCAAAAAUAGUUUUUUGCAUCCAUUAAAAUUUUCCGUCAACACACUCGUAUCUUAUUUUAAAAAUUCUAUUAAAAGAAAACGCUCAGCGUUCGUCAUCUACAACUGGCCUAAAGUGUCUAGCCCACUUGAAAAACAUACAGGAACCGGAAAAUCGUUAUACUAUUAUAAACGAAUAUCACUCAAAUAGUAAAAAGCUCGUUUGAAUUGAAAAUUCACGUAACUUGAAUAAAUCAAAAAUAGUUUUCAGACCCAGAAAAACUUUUUAUCGAACCUGCAACUCAAUUUAUAAUAUUUUUAAGCCCUUUUUGACUUAUUACAUUCUUAACAAUGUUAUGUUUGAUCCACGAUAAAUCCUAUUGGUCCGACACGGACGUACCUAAAAAACUUCAAACGAGUAUUUUCUACAGAUAUUUAAAGUGUUGCUUUUUAUUCAUAAAUACCUCUGUAAAAUGUUUAUUGUAUCAAUGUCUUGCAAAUAUCUUGAGUUAAAAAUAUUUCAAUUUUUGCUUACUGUCUUAUUAUGAAUUAUGAUAAUGUUUAAGUAUUUUUAAAUUUGUUUUUCUAAAUCAUCGUGUUGUUUAACUGUACAUAAUUUCUUAAUAAAUUUGAUAAAAAUUACAACCCUUACAUAUUACUAUUACUAUAGAUAUAAUAAAUAAAAUAUUAGGUACAAAGUAACUAUUCGGGUACCUUUUUAACUUGAUAAUUAGAUUGUUAACUAUAAUAUUAUGUAAGUUUGUUAAAGUGUUAUAGUAUGUAUAUUGUGUAUUAUACUAUUGUGUUAGUUAUUCCUACUAAAAUAAAAAAUAUAUUAUACAUUUAGUUAUCAUUAUUUACAUCAUUUAUAAAAUAAUUCAAACAAAUAUGUUAAGAUAUAAAAUGUUAAAUGAAUCAGACAUU